ACAACGAUUAUAAUGAUAAUGAUAAUGAUGGCAACUUUGUCAAUCAAACAACAUUUAUGUUUAAUUUUUUAUAUUAUUUUUUCAUUGGUUUAUUAAUAUCAUUGAUAUUAGCAUCAUUGGGCAUAUCGGUUGGUUUUCGUAAACUUUAUGUAAAAUUAUUAUUGAAAAUAUUCGAUUUUGGUAAACAAAGAAUCGACAGUGAAUUGAGUAAAAAUAGAAAACUAAAUAAUGAAUCAUUCGAUGAGGAUGAUGAUGAUGAUAACAGUGAUGAUAUUGAUGAUGAAGAAGACAUCAUUGAUAAUGAUGAUGGUAAUCAUGGAGAUCAACAACAACAACAAAAAAAGACAUCAGUAAUCGAUAAUUUAAUGAUAAAUUAUGAGAAUAAAAAAGAUUUUCAUCUGGAUGAUAUUUGUUUAUUAAUUCGUAAUGGUAUACAAGCAAUUGUCGAUGAUGAAGUUACUAAACGUUUUGAUACUGAAGAACUUCCAUCAUGGAAUUUACUUACACGAACAAAUAAAAAAUAUACUCAUCUAUCAUUACGUUUAACAAUAUUAUGGGGUUUUGGUUGUUGUAUUCGUUAUUUUAUAUUAUGGCCAACAAGAAUUAUUGUUACAAUAAUUAGUGUUUUGUUUUUAAUCAUCUGUACUGGUUUGAUUGGCUGUUUACCGGAUUCGGAAUUUAAACGUAAAAUCUAUUAUAAUGCAAGUUUAGUUUGUUUUCGUAUAAUGUCACGUGCAUUUUCCGGUAUCAUAACGUUUCAUGAUCGUCAUAAUAUUGCUAAACCGGGCGGUAUUACAGUUGCUAAUCAUACUAGUCCAAUUGAUGUAGCUGUAUUAGCAUGCGAUAAUUGUUAUGCAUUAGUUGGCCAAAAACAAGGUGGUUUUCUUGGUAUAUUACAGGGUGCAUUACAACGUGCUUCAAAUCAUAUUUGGUUUGAUCGUUUUGAAAUUAAUGAUAAAAAAUUGGUUGUUAAACGUCUUAGCGUGUAUAUUAAUGAUCCAAAAAAUCUACCAAUACUGAUAUUUCCUGAAGGUACUUGUAUAAAUAAUUCGGCUGUGAUGAUGUUUAAAAAAGGUUCAUUUGAAAUUGCCAAUAUUGUUUAUCCAGUUGCCAUAAAGUAUGAUUCACGUUUUGGUGAUCCAUUCUGGAAUAGUAGUAAACAUGGUUAUAUGUAUUAUUUAAUGUUAAUGAUGACUAGUUGGGCAAUUGUAUGUGAUGUUUGGUAUUUACCACCGAUGACUAAAAAGCCCAACGAAAGUGCCAUUGAUUUUGCAAAUCGUGUUAAAUCUGAAAUAGCUAAACGUGGCGGUUUAGUUGAUCUACAAUGGGAUGGCCAAUUAAAACGUUUAAAUGUUAAAGAUGAAUGGAAAGAAAAACAACAACAAGAAUUUAGUAAAAAAAUUAAAUGAAAAACAAACAAAAA